GAAAUCUAUCGUCGUGAUAGAGUUGAGCAUGAACACAAUCUUCACAUUUUGAUCACUGUAGAUUUCUUUGGCCUUUUCUUGCUACAAUCUUGCUCCUUUGCUCCUUUGCUCAGUUUUGACCGAUUUUGACCGAUUUUUGCUCAUAAUGGUUUACAUCUCUCCUUUAUCAACUCCAACCGCAACAAGUGAGACGCCUCUUCGACCACCAACCAACAAUACAACACCAUGGUCAGAGAUAUCGAUGGAAAAUUGGCGGAAUGGCGUGGAUUUCAGGAGUCCGCCACCAGCUUAUGACGAAGAGGAGCAGUCAGAGACACCCCGCCGACUUUACAAAGCCAACCUGGAGCAACUUCACAAGGCUAUAUGGCUCACCGUAAUAAUUGUUGUUUGUUUCUGGUUCUGGCUGAGUCAACAACGGCAGCAAAUACAUUUCUAUCAAUAUGACACAAAACUUUCCACAACAGAGCCACCACUAGAAGGACUUCGCUUCAUUGACGCCAGCCAUCCUUACAUACGCUAUGUGGGUCGUUGGUCUUCGACAUUAGAUGGUACGAGAAAAGAUGGGUCAUUUCCAGGCAUUUAUCUCGAUAUCGCCUUCAACGGAAGUAGCACUAUCCUAAUAUCACUCCAUAACAAAGAUCAACAAGCAUAUUUUAAGAGGACAGAUGCUCGAAACAAAACAGCAACAUCUGCAUUUCCCGCAUUAUUAGACGAUAAAAGCGCGGAACCUAUCUCUCUGCUUGCCCAAGUUGAUGACGAAGAAUAUGUUAUACUUCCAAACGCAACAUCGCUUGUGGUUGUACGAUCGAACGAUCUUGAUCCUCAUUCUCCUCACAUUAUUCGAAUCAUUGCACCAAUGAUCGGCAGGGAUGCAAUAGAGACUUUUCAAUUUACUGGGGUGUGGAUAGAUGAGAAUGGACAACUGAUUCCAGUUCAGAAUCCAAUGUCAGUCUCAACUCUACCAUUUUCUGAAAGAAAUGUAGAGAAUGGGGAGUUAGGAAUAUCUAUAAAUGCUGUGGAUAGUGGCUUCCCAGAAAAUGCUUCUCGGCGCAAGAUGUUGGAGAUCUUGACUGAUCUACCUGGUUCUAUGACAGGCCUUGACAGAAGAAAGCACCAAAUAGCAUCUAAUGUCGCAAAUGGAAUAUUAGGAGGAGUUAUGGGGUGGGAGUAUUUGACUGGUGAAAUGCUUGGUAGCGAUCAUGUAACUAUUGGAAUGGAUGGGAUGUGCCUACUACAAGAUUGUAUCGGUGGUAGGGGCAGUCCAGCAGGAUUAGCAGACGUCUUCUUCCAAAGUGGACCACUUGGCUCUGGACAAUACGCGCAACCAUGGCUCUUCCAAUCCUAUAUUCCAGAUGUAAUGAUUCUCAACAUUGGCAAUGCUGACUGGGAGUCGUUCCGAAUUUACAAUGAAGAAUACAAUAUGACGACAUGGGAACUGAGUGUACUUUUCGAGAAGACCUACGUUUCGUUAAUCAAAGCAAUCAGAACAUUGGCAUAUCCCAAAUACUCUGGAACAAUGGCAGAAGUUUCACAAUACGAUUAUCCACAACACCGAGCAGUUGAUAUCCCGAUAUUUGUAAUGAGGCCUUUUCGCGGUCAACUCGAACAAGCGACGCAUUCUGUGGUGGAUCGAUUACAAUUUGAGGGGGAUAAAUCGGUGUUCUGGCUUGAUACUUCAGGCUGGCUUAACACUGAUAUUAAUUUUGAGGGACGAUCAGAAGAUCAAGACUUUUUCCUAGAUGAGGGAAGUCCACGGAAAGAAUGGCGCCUUACAGAGCGGGGGAGCCAACGCGUUGCGAUCUUGCUGCAUAUGCAUGUCUGUGGGUAUCUUGCACAAGAAGCCGAUAAAUGUGCGUUUUUAGCACCAGAGGCAUAUCAAGGCGGUAAUUUGGAUCCGGUCGCGAUUCAUUUCGAUGAAUACAUGAGGGAUGAGAAAGAGAGAAGACUGAAAAAGCUAUUCUGGGUCUCCCCGGAGGAUGAAGGAAAACUUCAAGUCAAAUGAAUGCAAUGAUGAAGAUAUGAAAAAUGAAGAGCUUUGAAAAUUGUCAUCGAUACCUAAUCUCUAUCUCGUAAUUAGUUUUGCAAUGAAUAUAAUUACCGUUCA